AAAUAUUUCUCCAGUUGACGUCAAACCCUGAUUCUCCUCGGAUCGAGCGAAAAUCAGCCCGGAAGGAACGUGGGGCUUGGUUUCGCCGGAGUUCUCGCCGCCGGCGACUCGAGCUCGUCGGAUCUUGCUAUGUACCUGAGCGCCCUGGAGUUGUUCCUGAGUUCCAAAGCGCUAAUCAACAGAGAACAAAGAGUCAUAGAGCAUUGGAUACGACACCCUGGCGAUGCAAGUUUGAGCUUCGCAGUGUCAUCAGACAGAGGCUUGAGCACCGCUUGGUGGUUAUAACUGGUUUUCUGAAAGGGUUGCAUCCCUUGCUUAGAACUCGCCUGUUCAAGCUUCUUCUGCUGCCUGGGCCUGGAGCUCAGCUUUCUGCAGAAGAGUUUGCAGCUAAGCUGAUUAAUGAUUCUACAAGCGAUUAUACUGCUUUGAAGCUUGAGAGGAUUCUUCGUCUUCUUGCUAGCUAUUCUGUUUUAACUUGGUCGACUGAGACUGAUUCCCAUGGCCGCACUGUUCAUCGCUUUGGUGCUUCUCCUGUAUGCAAGUUUUUAGCUCCUAAUGAAGAUGGGAGAGUGGAGCAUGUUGGUGGAGAUGUGUUUGAAAGCAUUCCAAGUGGAGAGGCUUUGUUGUUGAAGUCAGUUCUUCAUGACUGGGGCGACGAGGAUAGCCUGAAGAUUCUGAAGAACUGCUGGAAAUCAGUUCCAGAAAAUGGCAAAGUGAUAGUUAUAGAUUCCUUUCUUCCUGAAGCUCCAGACUACACAGAUCUGACACAUUGCGUCCUGAACACUGACGUGAUAAUGCUUCUGGAGAGUCCCAGUGGCAAGGAGAGAACAGAGAAAGAGUUCAGAGAGUUGGCCGAACUCUCUGGAUUUUCUGGUUUCAAUGUUAUCUGCAACUUCUCCAAUGCUUGGAUAAUGGAGUUGAGCAAAUAGUUCACCGCAGCUUAUUAUCUUUGUUUGGGACGAUUUUUUUAUUGCUUUUUAAAGUUAUUUUUAGUAUAAAAAUUUAUUUUUUGGUACUAAAAAGCUGUUUUAAGAAGCAGGAAGAAAGUCGUCUCAAGCGGGAGUCUCUUUUAUGUGCUUUCUGUAGCUAUGUAUAUAUGUUAUGGGAUGAUAGAAUUCUAAAUGAUUUGUAACAUAAGAUUUCUAUGAGAUUAUGGAAGUUAAAUAAAUGUUUCAGGCAACAG